GGGAAGAAGCUUCGCCGCCGCGGAUCUCUGCCUCUGCUGUCGCUUUUAAACUUUUUCACCGAUAUCAGUCUGGUUAAAGAGCAAGACCAGGAGCUGGCUGUGUUAUCCUGAGUCCUCGUCGGUCUCUACCAAGCUUGCGUGGGCAAAGCGGAAGCCAACAGCGGACUGGAUGUGGAUUUAACUGCCACCGCUCUCCACAGGCCGCGCCGCCAUUGCUGCUGAAUUUAAAGGCGGAAUUCUUGUGAAAUACCGAGUGUUUUCCAGCCUCAUCAUGAAGAAAAAAGGUAGACAUCACCGCCCAUCGGCACUGAAAAGGGAAUCUUCACCGAUUAAGCCGUCACCCAACCGUGAGACGCUGACGUAUGCGCAAGCACAGCGGAUUGUGGAAUUAGAAGUGGAUGGCCGUGUGCAUAGAUUGAGCAUCUAUGACAAACUCGAUGUUAUCAAAGAUGAUGACCCAAUGGCUCAGGAGAUCAUGGAGUGUAACAGCAACAAGGAGAACAGUGAGAAGCCACAGCAGGUUCUGAUGCGCUCAGUUCGUCUCAAGAACAACCAGCAGAAGAAGAAAAAUGCGUCACUGACCUCCUCACAUAGUCCCAGCAGCAGUGGAACCACCGGCGGUCAUAACCACCCAAGUGGCCUGUUAGAGCCCAAGGUGCGGACGGUUGAAUAUAACCUGCCAGUGGUGCCCAAAAGACCACCAGCUUAUUACAAAUACAAAGAAAGGACGGUGGAGGAUCUUGAUGAGGAGGUGGAGUACGACAUGGAUGAAGAGGACUAUGCCUGGCUGGAGUUCUUUAAUGAGAAGAGAAAGAGUGAGGGAGCCAGUCAAGUAUCAAGUAACCUGUUUGAGUUCCUCAUGGAUCGCUUUGAAAAGGAGUCGUAUGCAACUUCACAGGGGCAAAGCGAGCAGCAGUCACUGGUCGAUGAGGAUGCUGUGUGCUGUAUUUGCAUGGAUGGAGACGGUGCUGAUAGUAAUGUGAUUCUUUUCUGUGACUCAUGCAACAUUGCCGUACAUCAGGAGUGUUAUGGUGUUCCUUACGUUCCCGAGGGCCAAUGGCUGUGCCGUCAUUGUCUUCAGUGCCCCUCAAGGCCAGCAGAGUGUGUUUUUUGCCCGAACAGAGGUGGGGCCCUUAAGAAAACUGAUGACAACCGUUGGGGUCAUGUUGCUUGUGCCCUUUGGGUACCAGAGGUUGGUUUCUCUGAUACCGUUUUUAUUGAGCCUAUUGAUGGAGUUCGGAAUAUCCCACCUGCCCGCUGGAAACUGACCUGCUACCUAUGCAGGGGAAAGGGAGUGGGGGCCUGCAUCCAGUGUGACAAGAUCAAUUGUUACACAGCCUUUCAUGUGAGCUGUGCCCAGAAAGCCGGUCUUUUUAUGAAAAUGGAGCCUGUAAAGGAGGUGACGCCAUCAGGUAAACCAACUUUCUCUGUGAAAAAAACUGCAUAUUGUUGCAGCCACACUCCGGAAGACUGUGUCCGCCGACCCCUCAAUAUAUAUCAGGAGCAUCCCAAGAAUGGAGCAUGUCACAAGCGGCCCGAGAAAAGAGGGAAGGCCCGGUCUAAAGCAUGGUGCAGGAAAAAGAGUAAAAAAGUGGUACCAGAACCAGAACCCGAAACUCCCAACAACCCAGGGCCCAGUAUUACUGCUUCAAGUUUUGAAACCAUACUGAAUCAAGUGGCUGUCCAGAGGAAACGUGCCUUUGUGGAACGGGUGCUGAGCUACUGGGUGUUAAAACGGCAGUCUAGGAACAACGUGCCGCUGAUCCGUCGACUGCAGUCCAACCCCUCUCAGAUGCCCAAAUCCAAGGAGAUAGUAUGUUGUUCAGAUAAACUUCAUGCUCCCGCACCCUGGGCUGUUGCUCAUACUGAUCUUACGUGUUCUCUGCAGGAACGCUUGGAGGCCAACAAAGUUCUCAAGGAGCAGCUGAAGGUUUGGCAUCGUCUACGCCAUGACCUUGAGCGAGCGCGUUUGCUGUUAGAGCUCAUCAGGAAGAGAGAGAAGCUAAAGAGGGAAGAGCUGAAGCAGCAGCAGACGGUUCUUGAGGCGCAGCUCACUCCAUUUAACAUCCUACUGAGAGCAGUAUUGAGUCAGUUGCAGGCCAAAGACUCAUACAGCAUCUUUGCUCUGCCAGUCAGCACCGCUGAGGUCCCUGACUACCUGGACCACAUCAAGAAUCCCAUGGACUUCUCCACCAUGAGAAAGCGCAUCGACGAUCACCACUACCGAAACCUGGAUGAAUUUGAGGCAGAUUUUGACCUUAUAAUCGCCAACUGCAUGAAGUACAAUGCCAAGGACACGUUCUUCUACAAGGCAGCUCAGCGUAUGCAGGAUCAUGGAGGAUGCAUUCUCCGAAGGGCUCGUAAGGAAGUGGAUAGAAUUGGCUUUGACUUUCCUGGUGGACUGCAUCUCCCUGAAGCACCAAAACUGGAGGAGCCCCCAUUAUUUACGUGGGAGGAAGUUGACCGCAUAUUAAAGCCUGCGUAUCGUCAGCUGACCCCGCUAGAGGUCCAACUUAAGGAGCUUCUGGCAAAACUGGACCUGAGCAUGGCUAUGAAGCACAGCCCGUCACGCAGCAAAAGGCUUAAGCUACUCAAAAAGACUAUCAUGGAGGUCCGUACCGAGAUGAGACUCAAGCCAUUGCCCUCCCCGCUAACAACUGCCACACAGCAGCCAGACCACCCUUCUCCUUGUUCGUCAGAGGACCCGCCACUACCGGAACAUUCAGCCCUGCAAGAAAAGUCAUUACUUCCUCCAACACUAGAGCCCUUAACCCCUCUGCUGCACACUGAUACAUCACCUAUUAGCUCCGACCCUCCCCUUUUGAAACCAGUCAAAGCCACUGCUGAUGAUUCGGCCAUGGAACUCGACAUACACACGUCUACCUCAUUGCCCAGUGAAAUGCUCAAUGGGCAUGCCCCAGACUCCCUUCUUACCGACGGUGACCUGCACGCUGACACCUCAGGUGGCAUUGAUCAGGAAUCCAGCGCCCCCAUCCACAAUUCUGGAAGUCCAGAUGGGGAGAAAACGCAAACAGACGAAGAAUCAUCGCCUCUUGGUGCCCGAUCUUUUCUGUCUGUUGUAAUCCCACGACUGGAGACGCUUCUCUUACCCAAGAAAAGAAGGCGAAGCAGCUGUGAGGAUGCUUUAGAAGAUGAGGAGUUGCCGGUAAAACGUCUUGGCACAGAUAUGACAAACGGCUUCUCCAUGGAUGAUGAGGAUGUCUCGUCUUCACCUCGUCUACUAGAACCUCGGCGGCGCUGCGCUUCAGAGUCAAGCAUCUCGAGCAGCAGCACCCUGUGUGGCAACAGCAUCAUUGCACCUAAAAGCAUGAAAUGUCGGCCGGGAGCACGUCGAAAUACAGUGGACGACAAAAGCACCAUUCGGAGCUGUGUUGAGAAUGGGGAGCUCACCAAGUCAGCUGAGGUGGCAUCAGAUCCGGGACCCCAGAACGAGGAGAACGGGCCGUCAUCACAAGACGACGACCCUCCCUCAGCCGCCGCCGGACGUUCUCAGGGCCGGAGAGCGGAUGCAGUUCCGGUCCGCAGAGAAACUAUUCCUCGUCCACUUCUUCGACAACAAACGCAGCUGGUGAGGCCUGAAGGAUUGUGAUAAUGGUGGUCACGGUCGUAGAUAUUUAUAGGCAAUGGCUUCCUAGGUCCAAAUUGUUUCCAUUCGGGUUGGACACGACUCUGGACGCAAUCAAACUAGCAGAGCCGCGAAGUUCCAGCAACAAGAAAGCCGUGCAGCUGGCGUUUGAAAGAGCCAUGGCACAUCUGAACGACGCUCACGCCGUACUGGAGCACCCAGACAUGCCUGUAACGGACUGAACCCAGUUCUCCACUCUCCUCCCUUUACGCACCUCUCCCCUCUUUCAUGAGACAGAGACUUUGGUUUCUGUGUGAAACGCACAACUCAGUUACUGGUUUGUUCCCUGUCCGCCGUACUGAUCCGUCCGUAUACUGUAGCUGCGAGGGCCAUCAUUGAGCUAUGCAACGACUCGGUUAGCGGGUUUCAAGAAAAAUCCAUUUCUGGCGGUGAGGAAUGCAUUGAAUGUCAGGUUCACCUCUGACCCCUUCAAAUGUGCUGCUGCGACGACCUUACUCCACCAACGACGGCCGCCAGAGAGACGUAGCUGCUGUAAAUAUACCGAUCGAGGCCCGACGCUAACUUAUUCAAGUCACCUUGUGUGUGUACAGUCAGAGGUGACCAUCGGCACCUAUACCGCCCCCAGUGGCGGCAGGUGGCGCUUGCUGGUGCUAUCUCUCCCUUGAGAGAGACCAUUGCAUACUGUGUCAUUUUAUUUCCCUUUUUUACGGUUUUGUAACUUAUUAAGUUCUAGUAUUUCUGGCAUUAAUUUUGUGUGUCUCCUUUUUUAUCAUCUGAAUGUUUUUUACACGACUACUUUCCGUUUGUACAUAUUUAUAUAAAAAUAUAUAGAUGCUGUCAAAGUUUAAAUGCCUCAAGUGCAUCAUUCACACCAAACCAAAAAAAAAUCUGCUGCCCGACGUUUUCUUUCCUUUUGUUUUUUUUGUUUUUUUUUUCUUUCCACUUAACCGUGUGCCGUGGUGAAUCUUUGAUCAUGUCAGAAUCAUCUUUUCCUCAGUUGGCAGAGAAAAGAAUGUGCCUGGACUAAUUUAUUGUAAAACAGAAAUGUAUAUGCAUCACUUUAUAGAGAGAGAAUUGUAAGAAAAUACUAGAACCUCCUCCUCGUCCGCAGUUUGGUCUUUUUAUUUGACUUUCCUUCUUCAUUUAGAAAUUCUAAGCAUUAAGUGUGAGUGGUGACGGUGUUUUACUUUGGCAGAGUAGGAGUGGUAGACUUUCUGUUUCCUCCAGUUGUGGCUUUUGUGUGUAAAUAUUUUUGGUACCUUAGCGGAUUCUCUGGGAAAGAAACACAAAUAUAACCACCGGAGCUGAUGCCCAUCUGCAUUUUUAUACUAAAACACUGAAAAAAUUAAAAUGUUAUUGAAUCACAUGAAAUGUCUUUGCUCCGUCUCUACGUUUGCCUUUCUUCUUCAUUUGUUCCAUCAUGGAACGUUUUCUGUGUUCUGAUAAUGAAUAAUGAUAAUGCUCUGCACAAUGACAAUAUUGAGCACCACAGUGCUGUUGCAUACUGAUGGUAGAAGAGUUCUCCUGAAACAGUAUUGCAGGGUUGGUGUUGUAAGAGUCCUAAAGUACAGAGUCCACUAGAUGGCGCUCUUGUUUUACAAAUUGAGACGUCAUUGAAUUAGUUGUCCAAACGUUUUACAGCACACAUUGCCAUCUGGUGGCCUCGGAAAAUCACAACACUGUUUCGUGAAACCUCAUCGACCCAUCACGACUGUGGCGCUCUGGACAAAAAUGAUACAGAAUACCUUUCCAGGGUGUCCCCCCAUUUGUCUGUGUCACCAUUUUGUUUGUCUUUAAUAGUUGCAGCUCAUUUGCAAACGUUCAAUAAAAUAAUGCAGGGAAUUAUUAGUAAGCAUUUUUGUUUUAAGAUCAUUAUAGGAUUUUUUUAAAAUUUAUUUAUGUAUGUUUUCAUGUUCCAUGGUUGCUUUUAGAUGUCUGAUUCCCCAGGUGUUGGCAGUAUACUUUUCAAUUUUAUAUCUACAAUCUGGUA